AUGGAGCCACCAUCUAAGAGAAAGAAAAAGAAGCAACUAUCUCUUUUGCAAUGUCUUGGGACAUCUUCCGAUGAUUUAAGCGAUCUGCCUGAAACUGUACAUUCUGCGUCCCCGUUUGAGACUGUAGUGAAUUCUGCAGAAGAUACUGCUCAUGACAAAGAAGUGUCAGUGAAUGAUCCGAUCUACUACGUAGGCAGAGUCGUUUCCGACGUUGACAAGAUAUGCCUGCUGCAAAAUAAAUGGUGUCCACCCACCGGUUGUAAAUUUCAGAGCACGGGCGGCCGUCGUUACAAUCCAGAGUGGGAGAGUCAAUACAGAUGGCUGAGAUAUUCUCCUAGUACUGACGCCUGCUUUUGUUGCUACUGUGUGCUGUUUGGUGAUGAGUCACUGUCUGCUACUGCUUUCAAGACAACUGGCUUUUGUGACUGGAAGAACGCAGUUGGAGUAAAGCGUGGUGUACUGCUUUGUCAUGAGAAAAGUGAAAUUCACAAGAAUGCUUGCAUAAAAGCAUUAUCUUUCAAGAAUGUGGUCGAAGGAAAGAAAAAUGAUAUUUGUACCAGCAGAUCUAAAGAAUAUGAAGAGAGAGUCAAACGUAAUCGAGCAAUUAUUCUAGCUGUAAUAGAUGUCGUUAUUGCUCUCGGUCAGCGAAAUGUUCCCUUUCGGGGUCACAUCUCAGUUCAAUCCUACUCUGAAAAGUCAUCUAGAGCACGGAAAGAAGAACGCCUGUUACAAGAGCCCGAAAAUACAAAAUGA